AAUAAAAAUUGACGUUUUUCGCAAUUCCAGUGUAUUGGUUAAUUCACAUAAUGGAUGUUCCGUGUCAUUACUGUCAGUUUUUAAAUUUAAUUUAACAUAUAUACGUAUACUGCAUAUAUGCUGGAAAAUGUAAACAUUGCACCCCUUUACAAUUUCUCAUAGUUCAAUAAAAAAUGAACCGACCGGUUUUAGAGGCAACUCCUACCAAAGAAUCAAGGGUUCAAGAAAAUUUGGCGAAAUGGCAAUCCUCAGAAGACCCUCUUGCCCCCUUGACAGAGGAACAGAUGGAAUUGGUGUAUGAAAUGGGAGACUUGGUUUCGAAUUUGUACAGUAAAACAGAAGAUACAAAAAAUGAAGGUUCUAUAACUAAAGAUACCGAGUUGAAGUGCCCACCAGUGAUUCACAAAAUGCAAGAUUAUAUAAAAUGGAUGAUCGCAACAGAGAACGAUAUCAAACACGAAAACUUGAAGCAGUACCAAAGUUAUUAUGAACAGCUGUCGAAAUAUCAACAGUACUGUAAAAACCUGUAUACUGAUUCAGACGCUGCCCUGAAUUCUUUGGAGGAACUUAAACGACAGUAUCAAAACGUCACGGAAAAAACUAAUUAUUUGCACGAUCUCAGCGAGCAGCUCAUGGCGAAUCAGAGGGUGUUGAAGGAAAAGAAGCAAGAACUCAACAAACGGUUAAAGCAUUUCACGUAUUUCUCUAAAUGUCAGGAAAGCGUUGAAAGAAUGGGCAACAGACUGAACGGUGAAGAUUGCAUACAAAUCUUGGACAAAAUAGAUGAAAGUGUAGCUUACUUGAACGAUCAUUUGAAUUAUAAGGAAUCUAGAGUAUAUAAAAUGAAGUAUGAAAGCAUAUUGAACAACCUGUUGAAUAAAAUCUAUAACUUUGUUAGCAACUUACUGGUAGAAACAAUGAAACAGGUAGUCGAUCCUGAGAUCAAAACCCACAUUCUUCCUCAAGCUCCAAACGCCACUGAUUCCUUAGUAGACUCUGCUUUUUCUCUUUACUAUGGCAAAUUCCAAAGUGCUGCAUCGAAAGUCAAGCACAUAUUACAGAACUUGGAGGAACGGGAUGAGCAUAACGAACAGUAUAAAAAUAUCCUAAGCGACUGCCAGAAGACUUACCUCACGCAACGUCUGCCAAUUCUAAGCGUAGCAGUUGCGAAAGCCUUACACGAGCUCAAAGACAAGCACAAAAAUGACCACAGCAUUUUAUUCAGAUCUUGCAGUUUAUUCAUCAUGAAAGUUUGCCAAGACGAGGCUACUUGCUACAACUACUUUUUUUCGAAAAUAUCCGACUUGGUCACAGACUAUUUGGGAACGCUCUGCCAGCAUUUAUACGACAUCCUGAGGCCCAAUUUGAUCACCAUCAAUCACAUUGAAGUACUCAGCGAACUGUGCGGUAUUCUCAGAACCGAACUUUUGAACGAUAGAGUUGUUGAUAGUGAACAGCUCACAAAGUACGUUGAGGUUAUCACUCAGUUGUUACAUGACGUUGAAGAACGCCUGGUAUUCAGGACAAAUGUCUUCUUCCAGCAUGAUCUGUUGGGAUACAAACCGUCUCCUGGAGAUUUGGCAUAUCCAGAGAAACUAUUGCAAAUGGAAAAUAUUGCAUUGGAUCUCAGAGACAGGAGGUCGGAUUCCAGGAGUUCUGUGGUUUCUCUGGAGUCUCAAGAAGUCGCUCAUAUCAACGCUGCACAGAUGGCCCAUUUUCGCUCGUACACAGGAAAUUCUCCAGCUGAUCUUCAUGGUAUGUGGUAUCCGACAGUGAAAAGGACUCUAGUCUGUCUUUCCCGCCUGUACUUCUGCCUUGAUCGCAACACAUUCCAAGGACUGGCACAGGAAGCACUGGUGAUAUGCAUUCAAACAAUCCAGACAGCAUCUGGACUCAUUUCUUCCAAGAAAACUCCCAUAGACGGGCAAUUGUUCCAAAUUAAACAUCUUUUGAUCAUAAGGGAACAAAUCGCGCCCUUUCAGGUAGACUUCACAGUGAAGGAAACAACUUUGGACUUCAGUACCGUACAAAAAGCUGCUGUCGGCCUAAUUAACCACAGAAAUAAUAUUUUCACUUUCGGCUCAAAUAAUGCCUUGCUAGAGUUUUUGUUGGAGGGAACCCCGAAAGUGAAGGAGUACCUGGUUGACUCCAGGAAAGAAAUCGAUAAGCAGUUGAAACUCUCUUGUGAAGAAUUUAUUUCACAGUCAACACGAAUAUUAGUUGGAAGCAUCUCUUCGUGGACUGAGAAAGCUGAGAAAAUUCUCCGUAUUAUCCAAGCUGAGAACUCCACAAAACAAGACCUGACUGUUGUCAGUCAGGAUUUCGGGAAACCUCAGUUCGUUAGUGCCUUAAUCAAAGAUGUUCAGAAGAACAUGAAACUAAGAAUACCUGAAAUUCAGCGUUCAAUGCAGCUCUAUCUGGCCAAUAGAGAGACGGAGUUUAUUCUUUUUAGACCCAUUAAAAAUAAUGUUAUCAAUGCUUUCAUGCAAGUGGAUCAGAUUUUGCUAAGGGGUGGUUAUAAUAGCGAAGAUCAGCUACUGAUUGGUUGUCCUUCUCCUGAACAAGUGAAUGUUCUGAUCUGUUCUGUUUCUCUCACUAGCGGCCAGGAUAGCAAGAGUAUUAGUAGCUGAAUAUGUAUAUUGAAUUGUAAUACUUUGGUGCUGUUUAUAUAAGUUCUUUUUAUUUAUUAUAUGUAAUAAAUGAAGUACAUUUUCAUUUCU